CGCAGGCGCCUGUACAGUCCCUCCCUCUGCAGCUUCUACUACAAGAGGCUUGGACAGAGCUUGGUGGGCACCCAAAUCCUCAUCUUCAAGCACAGUCCUCACAUCUUCUAGUGCUCCAGGUCACGUUCCAUUGACAAGACAUGGCGACCCCACUCACAGACAGCGACAAGAGGAAGCAGAUCAGUGUGAGGGGCAUUGCAGGGCUGGGAGAUGUGUCUGAGGUCAGGAAGAGCUUUAACAGGCAUCUCCACUUCACCCUGGUCAAGGAUAGGAACGUAUCCACCCCAAGAGACUACUACUUCGCCCUGGCACACACUGUCAGGGACCACCUGGUGGGGAGAUGGAUCAGAACCCAGCAAUAUUACUACGAGAAGGACCCCAAGCGUAUUUAUUACCUAUCUUUGGAAUUCUACAUGGGUCGAACUCUUCAAAACACAAUGCUGAAUCUGGGCCUUCAACAUGCCUGUGACGAAGCUGUCUAUCAGCUUGGACUGGAUAUGGAAGAGCUAGAGGAGAUAGAAGAGGAUGCAGGCCUUGGUAACGGUGGAUUGGGUCGUUUGGCAGCUUGCUUCCUUGAUUCAAUGGCCACUCUGGGCUUGGCUGCAUAUGGCUAUGGAAUCCGAUAUGAGUUUGGGAUAUUCAAUCAAAGGAUUAUGAAUGGCUGGCAGGUUGAGGAAGCGGAUGACUGGCUGCGUUAUGGUAACCCGUGGGAGAAAGCACGUCCGGAGUUCAUGCUCCCAGUUCAUUUCUAUGGACGAGUGGAGCAGACGGCCGAAGGCUCCAAAUGGGUGGAUACUCAGAUUGUUCUUGCAAUGCCUUAUGACACUCCAGUUCCUGGAUACAAAAACAACACUGUUAAUACAAUGAGGCUUUGGUCUGCCAAGGCACCAAAUGAUUUUAAUCUUCAAGACUUUAAUGUUGGUGAUUAUAUAGAGGCUGUCUUGGACAGAAAUCUGGCUGAAAAUAUCUCCCGAGUCCUGUACCCCAAUGACAAUUUCUUUGAAGGUAAAGAGUUGCGUUUGAAGCAGGAGUACUUUGUUGUAGCUGCCACGCUUCAAGACAUAAUCAGGCGAUUCAAGUCUUCCAAGUUUGGAUGUCGGGAUCCGGUUAGAACAGCUUUUGAUUCAUUCCCAGACAAGGUUGCCAUCCAGCUGAAUGACACACAUCCUGCCCUUGCCAUCCCAGAGCUCAUGAGGAUCCUGGUUGACGUUGAGAAAUUGGAUUGGGACAAGGCCUGGGAUGUAACUAAGCGAACCUGUGCAUACACCAACCACACAGUGUUACCCGAAGCCCUGGAGCGCUGGCCUGUUCAUCUUUUUGAGAAACUGCUCCCUCGCCACCUGCAGAUUAUCUACGCCAUCAACCAAAAACACCUGGAUGAAGUUGCAGCCUUGUAUCCUGGUGACUUUGAUCGUCUUAGAAGGAUGUCCAUUAUUGAAGAAGGCGACUGUAAACGAAUUAACAUGGCUCAUCUGUGUGUGAUCGGGUCUCAUGCCGUGAAUGGAGUGGCCAGAAUUCACUCAGAAAUUGUUAAAAAUACAGUCUUUAAAGAUUUUUAUGACUUGGAGUCCACUAAAUUUCAGAACAAGACUAAUGGUAUCACUCCUAGAAGGUGGCUAAUGUUGUGUAACCCUGGCCUGGCUGAUAUCAUUGCAGAGAAAAUUGGAGAGGAUUUUGUGACCGACUUGAGCCAGCUGAAGAAAUUGUUAGAUUUUGUGGAUGAUGAGAGCUUUGUCCAUGACAUAGCUAAAGUUAAGCAGGAGAAUAAGCUGAAGUUUUCUGUUUACCUGGAAGAGCAAUACAAAGUGAAGAUCAACCCUUCUUCCAUGUUUGAUGUUCAAGUCAAGAGAAUCCAUGAAUAUAAAAGGCAGCUAUUAAACUGUUUACAUAUCAUUGCAAUCUAUAACCGAAUCAAGAAAGAGCCGUCCAAAUCAUUUGUGCCAAGAACAAUUAUGAUUGGAGGAAAGGCAGCCCCUGGUUAUCACAUGGCUAAAAUGAUCAUCAAGCUGAUCACCUCUGUUGGAAGUAUCGUGAACAACGAUCCCGUGGUAGGAGACAGACUGAAGGUCAUCUUCUUGGAGAAUUACCGGGUGUCCUUAGCAGAAAAAGUGAUCCCAGCCUCCGAUCUAUCUCAGCAAAUAUCCACUGCAGGCACCGAGGCUUCUGGUACUGGGAACAUGAAGUUUAUGCUUAAUGGGGCUCUCACCAUUGGUACCAUGGAUGGAGCCAAUGUGGAAAUGGCAGAAGAAGCUGGAGAGGAAAAUCUUUUCAUCUUCGGCAUGAGAGUGGAGGAUGUUGAAGCACUUGAUAAGAAAGGGUACAACGCAAAGGAUUAUUACGAUCGCAUACCUGAGCUGCGACAGGCAAUUAAUCAGAUGAGGGAUGGACACUUCUCUCCAAGAGAACCAGAUCUGUUCAAAGAUUUGGUCGAUAUGCUGAUGAACCACGACAGGUUUAAGGUGUUUGCUGAUUAUGAGGCAUAUAUAAAGUGCCAGGAGAAAGUGGACCAGUUGUACAUGAACCCCAGGGAGUGGACCAAAAAAGUAAUAAAGAAUAUUGCUUGCUCUGGGAAGUUUUCUAGCGACAGGACAAUUAGUGAAUAUGCAACAGAGAUCUGGGGAGUUGAACCAUCAGCAGUGAAGAUCCCACCACCAAACAUACCCAGGGAAUAAUUCUGAGGGUGCAUGUGCUCUAUGUUCUCCACUGCUAGUUUGGUUGGUUCAGGAUUAGUGUUUAUCCACCAGUUGUGACUUAGAACCACUUUCCCAUUAAAGCUUAUUUUUGUCUCUGGGGAGGAAAAAAAAAUUAAAAAGAUUGCUUUCAUUGUGUUUUCCUAAACCAACUGUCCUCCAGUAACACAUCAUAAAUCAAACCUCACAAUAUCCAGUAUAUCCAGAAGUGACCAAAGAUUAUAGUACACAGGUCUUCUGCAUGGCAAGAAAAUAAUUAUUCAAGGCCAAUUACUAUUCUGGCUAUUUCAAGUUACCCUCUACAUCGCCAUGUUCUUGGACUUUUAUCCAUAAAGAGCAGGUGUCUUUACAAAUACACCUCACAGACGCAGUAGAACCAUGGCGUUCCUUAUAAAGACCAUUUAGACAACAACACAGUGUAGAGGAUGUCAUCACCAACUGGGGGGAAGUGUAAACAAUUCUGACAUCAGGCUACUAAACACUAUAACUCUCCGGUCCAGAACAAUAUAUAGAAAAUAUGACAGCCACCUUAAUUCUUCAGAAAGUAUGUUACUGAUUGAAAAGUUUGGUUUGGGUCUACAAAAGAGCACAUUUUCCCCAGGCAUACACUUGAUUAUCAGAAUAAGCAUUCUCUGUGCUAGACUGAUUAAUAGUGUUUUAUAGGAAAACAGGCCGUUAUGGGCAUAGUUCUAGGAUUGGGCAUUUAAUGUACUGUAACAGAAAGCAGCUGUCUGUGGGUAGACACGAAGGUGCUAUAACCACUUAGAGUACCUUCCUGAUUCACUAAUAAACCGUCCUGAGGAAUGUUGUAGCUUAUAUUAUGCUCACCGUAAGACUUUAAAAAGUGUGCGAGGAAAGAAAGUCUGAGCAAAUCCUGUGUUUAUCAUUGUAUUUGUGUGUUUCUUUGUACAAGCAGAAUUGCUUUCUCAUUUGUGUGUGUGAUAUUUAAAGUACUGUAUUUCUAAACUAGAUGAUUUGCACGAUCACUCCUGCUUGAGGCUCUUGGGACUGACACCUUCCACUAUUUUAAGCCAAUACCUACAGAGGUUUUCAGCACUCUCAGACAGUUUAUUGAUGGAAUGCAAAAAUGUGUGUAGGAAUCCAUACAAUUCCACAGCUUUAAACACAAAGCACUUACAAGCCAUUUUGCACUUGUGUAAUUUGAAAAGUUUACUGUAAAUGAGACAUUCUGUAAUGGCAUUAGUUUCUUAACUACCUUGUUUAUGUACAAAAAUAAUACUCCAAUUAAAUUUAUGGGCAAAAACAUUGCUCCACGAGGUCUAUACAGAAAUAUAUUGUGGUCUGGUUUAUACCAAACUGAUCAAUAAGUGUGUCAGAACCUCUGCAAAACACCUCUGAAAAAAACAAAAGUAAACAACCACAGGAAGGGAGUAGCGUUAGUAGAGCCAGACGGUUCUAUCUACUUAUCUCUAAUGUGCAGUUAGAUGCAAUUAGCGAGCCGCAUUUAAAGUACAUGGCCUCUCAGCACUAAGCACAAUUGUUCACUUCUACUCUCCAUCUUCCCAUUAAAUAUUGCCACAUUUUCAGUAAACUGUAAAACACAAUGCUGAAACUUACAUGUUUUCUAAGGCACUGAUUGGGGAGCUUUGGCAGGGCAAAAGAGGUGCUAAUCUAAAGCAACUUGCACAACAAAUUGUGAUCACAAUGAAAACCAACAGCAUAUUGCGCUAUAUUUUGCACUUUGUCUCAGAAUAGCACUUGGUUUUGCCUUGAUAAAUUCUUUCCUUAAAGUUUUGAGAUAUUCCAACGCUGGUUAGAGUUCUGCUCCAUAUCAGCUAUCCCGAAGUAUAAAUUGGGAUAGUGAAAUAAGAGCAGAAAGAGUCAAAUUUGCAAGGGCCUAGUCUGGGAUUAGCAUGCAAAAUGCCUAAUAAAAUCAAGACAAAGCAAAUUGAGAAAAUAGCCAUGUACCCCCCUUCCACUUUCAUAUUACCAACUCGUAUAGUUGAAUGGCAAUUCAAAUGAAUACACAUAGAUUUGAAUGGGUAUUAAAUAAAUGUAAAAGCUCAGUGUGGACUAUAGAUUUGGUUACAUGUCAAGUAUGCAACGAGCGUUAGAAGAAGAUGCAGAGAAAGUAUAACCGUGUGAAUGAUACUGUGUUCCUUCUCCAAGAUAUUCCCCUGAGCAUCAAUGACCAAUAAACAUUUACUAAAUUAA